AUGACUCUCCCCAGAGCCUGCAGCGGCCUGCUCCGUCACCGCGUCCGGCUGCUGGCCCGGGCCCCCGCCCCACUACACCGGCGCCGGGCCGGCACCCUCCAGAACGAUCUUGGUGGACCUCGCGCACAACAGCCGCGGUCGCAGAAUAUCGGCGAGCCGGAGAAGAUGAAGCGCAAUUGGUACCUCACUCGUUUUUUAUUCCCUUUCCCUUUCCUUGUCCCCCUGCCCUUCCCCUUUGCUGACGGCCGUCGAAAAAGGGUCCCCGUCGGCGGGGCCGCCCUCCUCGUGGUCGCCGCGUACGCGUACCUCACAGGCUCCUCGCCGUCGCCCAAAGUCGUCACGCCGACCAAGGAGACGAUGGGGGAUAAGGUUUCGAGUACAAACAGCGAGGAAGCCGGUGCGCCGUCGCAAGCUGGCGAAGAAACGAACGGAAGCCUGGCCAAGAGGCUCGAGGAUACCGAGUCCGAUGCGCUCGCCAAGUUGAGCGGUCGCAAGAAGAGCGAGUACGGCAGUUUUCGGGCCGAUUAA